GAUCGGCGCGCCGCUCUCGUCUAUGUCGCGCGCUUCUGUGUGGGGCGUUCAGCUCGGCGGCGUCGCGCCUACCUACCAGCUCCAGGAAUGGACUGACUUUCUAGCUGCACCGCCACCGACGAACCCGAUCCGUUUCCCCAGGACGCAUCGCUUCAAAGGAUAAACACCCCGAGCCCGGACCGCCUCGGCCUCAUUCACCGUCUGAGCUGCUCCGCAGAUCGGGUCUGCUUUUUUUUAAUCUCCCGCUACUCGUGCGACUUAUAAGGAGCCGUCGGACGAAACGGGAUUCAACUUAGACGAAAGCGCAGACAUCUUGUUAUUUCUGAGAAUCAGACGGUGUUUUUUUUCACCGUCCUCUGUACUCCUCGCCAGCGCAGCGGCGGGUGGCCGGAGACGGCGGGCUGAAGGCGCUCGACGGGCCAGCACACGGCGAAGCGAGAAGCCAUUUCCCUCGGCGGCGGGCUACGGGCUGACGCCGCGCCGCGCCGCGCCGCUCCGCGCACAGCCUCAUUAAUUUACAUGCGCUGAACUGGCUUCGCUGCCGCUGGUGCGUCAGCUUUUGAAGAAUUAGCUAGCCUAGCCAGCGCUGGCGGUGGCUUCCUGUCUGCAGCCGCGCUAACUACGGGGCCGGGACGAGCACCGCCGACUGCUCCCGCACCACCCGCUUCACACUCGGACUCGUUCACGUCGCCGACGGCGGAAAAGUGCACCACGUCCCGCCACCGUCGUAUUUCGGGGGUCGCUAGCAGCUGUUAGCUGUUACCCUGCUAACGCUGGACAGCUCCUGGUUAAGGCUGGGCUAGUUUUGGACAAAGGACCAACGCGAGGAGCAAAUAUAAACACGGGGCUCACUGUUAAUCGUGUUUGUGAAGGAGAGCAACAAACAAGGAACUGACAUGAUGUUUCCACAAUCAAGACACUCCACUUCAUCGCAGCCGCUGAAAUUCACAACCUCUGACUCCUGUGACAGGAUCAAGGAUGAGUUCCAGUUCCUCCAAGCACAGUAUCACAGCUUGAAGCUUGAGUGUGACAAGUUGGCCAGCGAGAAGUCAGAGAUGCAGCGCCAUUAUAUCAUGUACUAUGAGAUGUCCUAUGGGCUCAAUAUUGAGAUGCACAAACAGGCGGAGAUCGUGAAGAGAUUGAAUGGGAUCUGUGCACAAGUCCUGCCCUACCUGUCCCAGGAGCACCAGCAGCAGGUCCUGGCAGCCAUAGAGAGAGCCAAGCAGGUCACCCCUCCAGAGAUGAACACCAUCAUAAGGCAGCUCCAGGCUCACCAGCUGUCUCAGCUCCAAGGCCUGGCUCUGCCCAUGACCCCCCUGCCGCUGGGCCUGAGCCAGCCGACCCUCCCUGCCGUCACCACCUCCUCCGGCCUCUUCUCCCUCUCCUCCCUGCUGGCCUCCCAAGCCCAGCUGGCCAAGGAGGAGAAGGCGUCACGCGACGGGGUCGACAGCCACCGGGAGGAGGACGGAGACAAGUCCGAUUAGAUGGCGUUUCCCAUUCAGCUCUGUUUUUACCCAGAGACCUGAAUCCCCCGAUCCAAGCCCCCUCGGCCUCCAGCCUCUCUCCUGCUCUCUCUCUCUCUCCUGCUCUCUCUCUCUCUCUCUCUCUCUCUCUCUCUCUCUCUCUCUCUCUCUCUCUCUCUCUCUCUCUCUCUCUCGCUCUCGCUCUGACCCCGGCUAACAUGGGCAUCAAUCCCAUCACCACAGCUCCAGCUACAGACCCCUAACCAACUCAAUGAGGAGAGCUUAUGUCAGACCAGCCCUCAUUUCUUCAUAUAACCACACCAGGAUUGUUUUGUCAUCCUCUCUUCUCUAGGUCUCUGUUUUGUGUACACUCUGUCCCUUUUUUUCAAAAACUUUUUUAUAUGAUUACGCUUUUUCAGUUUAUUUUUUUUUAACUACUGCUUUCUAUUUCUGCUCUUUCCUGCCUCCCUGUUGCUGUUAUUCCACUUUUUCCGCGUCCAUGCCUCGCUUCCUCCCAGUCCUCUGCCAACCUCUUGCCUCUGUUCCUUUGUAGGCUGCACUGCUUUGAGCGCGCUGUACAAUAGGUGACAAAACAGGUUAAAUGUUAAACACAGGGAUUCUUUGGCAAGCUCCUAAACUUGUCGGACACAACGCAGCAUUCUUGUACCUGAGGUAAACGUGUGGCAGAGAUCAGCAGUGUUUUUAGCAGGACGCAUGUGCCCAGCGUUUAAAGUUUGAAUGGUCCCAUCAGUGGUUAACCUUUGCCCUAAUGCCCAAUCUAAAGAGAGGAAGUUGGUACUUGUACUGCUGUGUAAAGCUAAAGUUACAUCUUAACCAAAAACUUUUAGAGCAGAAGAUGUCUGCCGUCGACAAACUCGAGAUUUUGUGUAUUAUCCUAAAUUUCUCUGAGGGAAAGCACCUUCUUAGAGCCGGCGUCACGCUGAGAGUUAUCCAUCUAGAUGACAACCCCCCUCAGUAAGUAGUUCCCCUGACCUAUGGUUCCUUCCUGACCCGUAGUACAUAAAUCCACCUAGCACCUUAGCUGACUGGCAUUUUCAUCAUCAGUAGUUAAACAAAGCUGAGCUGGGACGACGUGCAGCGGGGAGAGGACGCGCCUCCGCCUCCUCCGUCUCUAAUGGGCGCUGAUGUCAGAGCGGAGGCGGGCGCGGGCGUGCAUGUUGUGUGUUUGACAGCAGAGGGCAGCGUGCGUCUUUGAAGGAUCCUCUCUGCCAGUUUCAGGGCCCGAGCGGAACGCGGGCCUGUCCCAGCAUUAAACAGCAGCACGGUCCCUGGACAGAAUCGGGCAGAUGAAGCACAAACGCCGGCUCCCCUGCACACGCAGGUGUUUUCACUUACUCUGUGCGAUUAGACAUCAGGUGGAGGUUUCGGUGGAGCAUGUCCCCUCUCUGUUUUAAUGUCUGCAGUGGAACUAAAUCCAUAGACUGUUUAGAUUGGCUCAGACUUUGGCUUUGUUUAAUGGCUGAUGUGCAGGUUUAUUACAUCCAUGAUAAUACUGAGACAUUUCAAGUCUGUGGGUUCAGGUUGUGACGGUGACGUUGGUGGGAUGCUCAUCGUUGUGUCAGCACAAACCGCGUGUAUAAAUCGCUGUACAGGUUCGAUGGUCGGUGGUUGAACCACAGAUGGAACGCGUUGCUGUCCUUCCUACAGCUGAAGCGAACUCACUAUUCUGCCUGUGAAUGAAGCCCCGCCCCCUCAUCCAGCUACUUACUGUACAUUUAGUGGCUGCAGAGCAUGUAGACACACACACACACACACACACACACACACACACACACACACACACACACAGACACACACACACACACACACACUUAUCAGUGCAUGCCUGCAGGGGAACACACAUCAAUUUCUUGUUUGGUCCAAAUUUUCUGUGAAUGAUGCACUUGUUUUAUUUGAACUUUUUUUUUCUUUUUGUAUGUCGAUUGAUAUGAACCAGAACUAGAAAUAAAAAGCUGAUGAUAGACAGAUACAGUGGAAAAUCUUCUGUAUUUGUUAAAGUGGUGCGUGUGUCGCUGUAACGCAUCAGUGUCAGUUUGUCUCACACCUGCGCUCGCCGCUGGCUGAUCAGCAGCACGGUCCCUGUGCACAGAAUCAAGCAGAUGAAGCACAAACGCCGGCUCCCCUGCACACGCAGGUGUUUUCACUUACUCUGUGCGAUUAGACAUCAGGUGGAGGUUUCGGGAAAUGAUGUGAUGAUAACGUGACGUGAGCAGAACUCUAGCUGAGUUAACGAGCGCUCCAGAUUUACUACCCGCAGCGCCUCGUGUCCUCAUGUGCUUUAUGUUAGGGGCCAAGUGGUUUCUUCCCUUUCCUGUAAUUAUGAUUCCGCAUGUGAUCACCAUUUACACGCCAGACACUGAACUGAUACAUAUGUGACAUGUUCACAGCGCGAGAGGUGGAAGUGCGUGUGUGGGAGGACGCCCGUGUGUAACACGAAGCCCUCUGUAGCAAAUUACAGGGGGGGUUUCAACACACACACACACACACACACACACACACACACACACACACGUUUUGUUAACUUUUCCCCGCUCCAUUAAAUGAAAAAGCACAGUUCUUUUGGGCUCAGACUUUGGCUUUGUUUAAAGGCUGAUGUGCAGGUUUAUUACAUCCAUGAUAAUACUGAGACAUUUCAAGUCUGUGGGUUCAGGUUGUGACGGUGACGUUGGUGGGAUGCUCAUCGUUGUGUCAGCACAAACCGCGUGUAUAAAGAGCUGUACAGGUUCGAUGGUCGGUGGUUGAACCACAGAUGGAACGCGUUGCUGUCCUUCCUACAGCUGAAGCGAACUCACUAUUCUGCCUGUGAAUGAAGCCCCGCCCCCUCAUCCAGCUACUUACUGUACAUUUAGUGGCUGCAGAGCAUGUAGACACACACACACACACACACACACACACGUAUCAGUGCAUGUCUGCAGGGGAUCCCACAACAAUUUAUUUCUAGUGGAGACUUUUUAAUGUUUGGUCCAAAUUUUCUGUGAACGAUGCACUUGUUUUAUUUGACCUUCUUUCCUCUUUUUGAUUUUAUAUAUUAAUCGAUAUGAACUAGAACAAGAAUUAAAAAGCUGAUGAUAUAAACAUACAACAGAAAUUCUAUGUAUUUGUUAAAGUAGUUGGAGGUGCUCGCCUUUGUAUACAGUUAUACAUAGAAAGCUUUAUGUGUAUAUGGCUGCAUCUUCUCUUGUCUGUCCUGGAUGAUUGUUGUGCUAUUGUGUUACAAAACUAAUGUGACACCGGGGGGGGGGGGGGGACUGCAGUGUGUUGACCUUUGACCCUUUGACCCUCUCCCAUCUUUUUACACCCAUUCCACAUCCUACCCUCCCAACCUCUUGCCCCAUAGCGUGAAGCAUUGUAAGCGUUUUGAGCUUUGUAAAGGUCUUUUUUUUAAAACACUUAUUUUGUGUAUAAUGUAAAACCUGAAAGUGUGUACUUUGGCAAAAACGUUUUGUGUCUGAAAUCAUAGCUUCAUUUAAACAAACAAACAAACAAAAAAACUCUAAAAAGUACAAAAACAUUUACUAUAAGUAAUAUGAAAUGUUCUGCAGUAAGGAAGGACUUCUGGUGCCUUACAAAUAAAGUCAAUCAAACCAUU